UGAUUGCCAUGCCCCCAAAGUAAAAGUUCAAAAUGGCUGCGACCAUGAUUUCUAGGGUGUUCGUGCAUACGUGUAAGGUCACGUCGUUUGCUCUUCAGAGUCGCAUUAUUUCGCCAAACACCAAACGAAAUAUUUGCUUAUCUGCUAGCCGUUUAUAUGCAAAACGCUACACAGAUAAACAUGAAUGGAUUGAACUUGAUGGAAAACUUGGCACUGUUGGCAUAUCAGAUUAUGCACAGGACAAACUUGGAGAAAUUGUUUACGUACAGCUACCUGAGGUGGGAGUGGAGAUUGAGAAAGAUGCGGAAGCAGGAUGCCUUGAAAGUGUCAAGGCUGCAAGUGAUGUUUACAGUCCAGUAGCCGGCAAAAUAGUGGAAGUGAAUGAGAAGCUGGUCACAACACCAAACUUGGUCAACAGUUCUCCUCUUGAAGAUGGAUGGAUAUUUAAGUUGGAAGUGGCCUCCAGAUCUGAUGUGGAGGGGCUUAUGAAUGAAACUGCUUACAAGAAGUUUCUGGAGACACAAAAGUGAUCAGUAGCCUGCAGUCAGCUGUACAAUCUUCUGUAGCUACAUCAAAUAACAGCUUGUUCUGCUCACAGCUGGCUGUGGAUGUUGCAAUGAAUGCGCAAGGAAUUGUGGAGUGGUGCCUGUUUCUUCCCUGUUUGGCUGAUAUAUGGAGUUUUUCAGAUGGAUAUCUGAUUUUUUGAAUGUCCCAUAAAGAAUAUUUCCUGGUAGUAAGUGGUUGUGAUUACAGCUAUAUCAUAAAAUCACCCUAGAUAAAUAUGAGAACAAAUCUCAUAAAUGAGUGCUUCAAGCUGAAAUGACAACCGAACGUUAGAUAAUUCAAUUAUAAAACACAUUUUUCCCUUUGUGGUCAGUAACCAGGAGUAAUUUGUGGACUAAGUAGAAUACUCUUUCAUUUUUUAUUGCGUGUUCAAGGGAUUUAACCCUGUGGUAUAUUUCACACAGGUACUAGACUGACGAUAUUCUUUAAUUUGAUGUUUUUUUCUCGGACAUUGCAGUAGAGUUGUAUACUAAUAAGUUUUGGGUGAUAUCUGAAAUCUAUGUUUAAGAAAUAUUAGUUACAGAAAGUUAAAUUGUAAAAUUGCUGGUUUAUUUUGUUUCUUUUGUCACUGUCACAUUUCAGUUAUUAUUAAGUAGAAUCAAGCUGUAAAUCCUUUUUUUUUUUCCUGCUGUUACAAACAGCCAAUGGUACCUCAUUUAAGAUUUCAGGCAGAAAUAAAUCUUGAAGUGGAUAUUAGUUUUGUCACAAAAUAAUAAAUAUUAGCAUUGUUUACAGCAAUCUUGUCAAUUAAAGCAGGUGAUAAUUAUUGCUUCAUUCACUCUAGUCAGACUCUUGGAGAAAAAGAAGGGAAUGAAGAAAACAUUUCUCCUGACAACAUCCACAUAAAUGCCUCUUGCAUUUCUUAAAUUUUGAUGGCAUACCUGACUUUACAUCAGAUAUGAAAUUUUUUGUUUAGAUCUGAUUUGGAAUAUUGUUGGAUGUACCCUUGAAAAUAUCUUUCAUUUCAUAAACAUUUAAUGUCAGUUUGCUUUAAUAUUUCAUGGACUGUGUAGUCAGCUGUUGCACAUAGCCUACUUUCAUAUACAUUCGUUCACUUGCCUUUUUAUCCACAGAACAUGGUUAUGCUUGAGAUUACCAUAUGACAAGGCUAAUAAAGGCUUAGAGUCUGGUCAGAAUAUGUUACAUGUAGAGCAAUAGUGGCUUCGACUGGAUGAAUUAGACUUUCUCCGACUUAGCUGAACUACUAUACCCGUGAAUUGAAUGAAUUUAGUUUGAAGUUCAUCUACAUGUCCUAGAGUUUUUAAAAAAACACCUUUUUUUUCUAUCUCAUAACUUAGCUGCAGAUUUUCCUUAAGACCAGGGUGCUUUGAUGUGAUAUAGCCUUAGUUGCUGGCUUGGCAGCAAACACCAGUACCCAAACCUUUCUUAAGACUAUGAAUAUAUAUGUCAAUAUUUUGCAUCAGCAUUUUUACUUGUAUCAUUGGUGUGCCUUAAACCUUGGGGGAUUUUUGUGCAAUUUGUGUUCUUACAUAUAUAUUCAUACAAAUGUUCAUGGAAUUGUUUUUGUAAAAGCUUAUGUUUUCUAUAAAUUGCAAGAAAUCAUCGGGCAUGUUUUGGGUGGGUGAGUGAGUACCUGACAACCGAAAGAUUAGGAUGUAGUCACAAAUGCAUCAUGGUCAGUGGUGCUGUCAUCAGUAUCAUAGGUCUUCCCAUGGGUUUCUGCAUGUAGCAUCUGUUUACAGGGCUGGCUGCUUUGUUGUGAUAUAGCCUUAGUUUCUGGCUUGGCAUAAAACACCAAUUUCCCUCACCAACCCUUCAUAAUAUACACACUUUCGCUGUCUCUUGGUUCUGGGCUAUUUGUGCGGAAAUUGUUGGAGAGAUUUAGCUUCAUUUCCUUUAAGAAAAGGUUGGUAUUGGCUUUUGAAGACCACACAUUUUGUAUUUAUUUUUAUGCCUAAACCAUGCUGGUCAUUGCUUGCUAAACAGUUUAUAUUUGGUUCAGGGAUAGGGAUCAGCUUGAUCAGUUUAUGAAUCAAAAUCUAGGGCUGCAUUUAAAAAGAAAGCAGACUGACAUCGCAAAAAACUAAAUCCUGUUGAAUUUAUCUUUCAAUUUGUCAAUUAUCUGUUUGUGCUUCUGCCAAUAGUAGGUUCAGCGUAACAAGAUGUGAGGAGUCUACAGUCUACUAAGCUAACAGAAAUAUUGCGAGUGGCAGCAAGUGUUGCUUCUCUAAGCCCUACUCCAGUUUGUGUUCAUUCUAGUUCUCUUUUCAAGAAAGCUGUUUAGACUGCUCAUCUAGAAAAGAAGUAUGAAGCUGAAAAUUUUUGUACAGGUAAUGGUUCACUGCAUCUUGUUCACAGUAUUAUCUCGCCCCUGUGUGACUGUCCAUUCAUAAGGGCCCAGUUUUUAUUUGAGUUUAUGUUCCAAUAUUCAAGAUUUUUUUCAUCUGUACAUGUAUGUGUAAAGUAUCUGCAUCCUGAUUGUUUUGAAUGAUUGGUUGAAUACUUGCCAUCAAAUGGUGUAAUUAACAUCAAAUCCAUGUUGAUAAUCCACAAAAGGGUUUAUAUUCAAAAUGUAAUAUUUGGAUUUUUUCUUUUCCCAGUAUUGUCUUAAUACUUGCAACCUUGGUGUUCGAGCCCAUCCAGGAUGUGAUGUUGGCACUUUACAUAAACUACCUACACCCACCUCAGUAUUAAUGAAAAACAUGACUUUUCAGUUUUAAGCAGCCCGACACUGAGUCCUGAUGUAAUGAGCUCAACCAGGCAUUAAUCUAACUAGGAGCAGUGACUCCAUAGCAAAGUAAGAUCUAGGGCAAGAUACAUUCUCUGAAAAAGCACACGGCUCAAUUGUGGUAUGAAACACUUCUAGGGUCAAUAGUCCUAGGUCAAGCUUGCCAUGUAAGUUUUUUCUCCUUUCCCACAUAAAAUUGCAGAUACAUUUCAGAAGGAAAACAUGUACUUACAGACACAUGUUUAGAGAAAAAGAUGUUUUGAUAUAAGUUCCAAAAGUGGAUUGCAUUUUUUUCAUUUCUAUAUACAGAAGUUUCAACAAAUUUACUAAGCUAAACAGGCUAUUUGUGACAUUGUAGCAACUUUAAUUAAUAAAACUGGAAAGAACUUGUGUAAUGCACCACAGAUGCCAACUAGUUUUGUUUUGCUGAGUUUACUUUCUCUAUUUUUCGUCAUAUUUUAUUAUAACAAUUUCAUAAGAAA